AUGGGUGGAAUGGAAAUAGAACCACAGGUAGAACAGGUUUAUUCAUUCUUCAAUCGUGCUGGGGUUGUGGGAGUGUUGCCAGUAUAUUUUGAAAGGGCACGGAAUAAAGGAAUCCCCUUCUACAACCAUGACUUAUUCCAGGCCUACAGAAACAGGGAGGUGACUGUUGCAGAUAGGAAAGCUUACAGAUGGUCUCUGAGGUUCUCAGAAUAUGACUUCACAACCGGGGGAUCGUUUAGUACAAGACGCAAACUGCUCCGAGCUCCUGUCAUAAGUGAGUAUGCUGAUGCGCAGCUACAUAACCCAGUGAAAAGGAUGCAUCAAAGAACAGCGCUCUGGAAGAGAAAACCAGUAGAAGGAGGCAUAACUUCACCUGAAGGUAAUCCCCAAGCUGCAAAGCCCCCAGCUAUAUCAUCAGCACAAGACAGUGAUGCUCAUCUAAAAGAAGAGCUUUACUAUGUCAUGUUGUGUUGCAAAUUCUGGAUGUUGCCACUGACAGAUUACCUAAAGCGAAUCAGACUUUCGAGAAGCAUUGAUUCAUACACAGAUCGAUUCUAUCUCCCGUAGCUCCUGCUUGUCACCAUGGCCUAUAACUGGAAUUGCUGGCUAAUCCCACUGCAUCUAGUGUUUCCAUAUCAAACAAUGGACAACAUAUACUACUAGUUGAUUAUGGACUUCAUAUGUGAUAACUUCUACCUUUGUGAUACGCUGUUAGUCCAGCCCAGACUCCAGUUUAUAACAGGGAGAGAAAUAAUAAUGGAUUCAAAUGAGCUAAAGAGAUACUACAGGAAUUCCACAAAAUUUACGUUAGAUCUCAUAUCAAUAAUAUCAUUUGAUGUUUCCUACCUCUUCUUUGGGUUUAAUCCAAUAUUUAGAGCAAAUAGGAUAUUAAGGUAUACCUCAUUUUUUUAGUUUAAUCACCACCCAGAAUCUAUAUUGGAUAAAGCAUAUAUCUACAGAGUCGUUCUAACAACUGGCUACUUGCUGUUUACUCUGCACAUUAAUUCCUGUAUUUAUUACUGGGCUUCAAACUAUGAAGGAAUUGGCACUACUAAGUGAGUGUAUAAUGGUGAAGGAAACAAGUAUCUGAGAUGUUACUACUGAGCAGUCCGAACUUUAAUUACCAUUGGAGGCCUUCCAGGACCACAAACAACAUUUGAAAUUGUUUUCCAACUCUUGAAUUUUUGGGGGGGAGGGGGAGUUUUUGUGUUUUCCAGUUUAAUUGGUCAGAGGCGAGAUGUAAUUGGGGCUGCCACAGCCAAUCAGAACCACUUCCGCGUCUGCGUGGAUCGUACUACUGUCUACUUGAACACUUACUCCGUUACCAAAACUGUGCGGAAUUGGGUUUGGACUUGGUAUGAAUAUACGUGGGACUCUCAAAGAAUGCUAGAUAGGCAUUCCAAUCUUCUUGAGAAACUGCCCUCUACAAUACAGUUAGCCCUCGCCAUUGAUGAAAACUUCAGCAUCAUCAGCAAAGUCAACUUGUUCAAGGGUUGUGAUACACAGAUGAUUUACGACAUGUUACUGAAGUUGAAAUCUACUAUCUAUUCACCUGGUGACUUUGUCUGCAAGAAGGGAGAAAUUGGCAAAGAAAUGUAUAUUAUCAAGCAAGGAGAAGUCCAAGUUCUUGGAGGUCCUAAGGUUGCUCAAGUUCUGGUUACUCUGAAAGCUGGGGCUGUGUUUGGAGAAAUCAGCCUUCUAGCAGCAGGUGGAGGAAACCGCUGAACUGCCAAUGUGGUGGCUCAUGGUUUUGCCAAUCUCUUAACAUUGAACAAAAAGACCCGCUAAGAAAUUCUACUACACUAUCCAGAUUCUGAAAAGCUCUUCAUAAAGAAAGCCAGCGCUUCUAAGGCAGAAGGCUAAACCAUAGAAGCAACCCCUCCAAGAAAAGGACUUGCCUUUCUCUUCCCACCUAAUGAAGAGACACCAUGAAUGUUUAACGCUCUACCUGGAGGUACAGGAAAAGCAGGGCUUGCUUGACUACUCAAACUGAAAGAGAACAAACAACUCAGAAGAAGUGAAAACUCCGAAGGAAGACAGGGUAAAAGAAAAGAAUGCAAAGAUAAAGGAAGAAAGCCAGCAGAGAAACCACUGGGCAGACCCAAAUAUGAAGCAAGUCCGAUUACAACACGCUAAAUGCCUCAGUCAAUUAGAAGGGCAGUUUUAUUACCCAGAGAAACCACCCAUCAAUCACUCAUCAUCAGCAUGGCACCUUCUGCUGAGGCUGGAGAGGAAGUUCUAACGAUUGAAGUCAAAGAAAAGACUAAGCAAUAA